AUGGAGCCCGGCGGGGACCCGCGGAGCAGGAGCGGCGGCGGCGGCGGCGGGCCCGGAGCCCCCCGCGGUCGGCGACCCCCGCGGACCCAGGGCCUGGAGGACCAGGAGGCCGGAGGUGAGCGGACAGCCCGGCGGGGAGCGGGGUGGGGGCGGGGCGGGGGGGUCCGCGGCCCCCGGGCCCUCGCGGCCGCCGAACAAAGCGGGGGAGGGGGCUGGCGGGGCGCCCCCUGGCGGGCUCGGACAACAGCUGCAGCCGGGGCGGGGGGCGGGGAGCGGGGCCCGGCCCAGGGCCCCCCACGCGGGCCCGGCCCCCCAGGCCGCAGGCCCCAGACCCCAUCUCUCUCCUCCUCCAGCUCCGGGCUCCGGAGCCGCGCUCAGCUGUUCUUAAAGGGGCAGGCCCUCCUUUUUGCGGGAGACGGACCCUUCCUUAAAGGGACAGGGCAAGAGCCGAAGCCAGAGGGUGGUGCCUUGGGGUCCCUCCCUUCCCCCCGGAGCAGGGCUCCCCCUUCUGGCCGGAAGUACUCGGACCACUGCGAAGCCCGGGCCUCCCGCCCUGGCAAGAGCCGAAUCCCCGGCCGAGACCAUCGUCGAUACUACCACGACCACUGGCGGCUGGAGUACCUGAUGGACUUCAACCCAGCCAGGCACGGGAUGGUGUGCAUGGUGUGCGGCAGCUCUCUGGCCACCCUCAAGCUGAGCACCAUCAAGAGGCACAUCCGGCAGAAACACCCCUAUUCCCUACACUGGAGCCCCCGCGAGAAGGAGGUCAUCAGCAGCAGCUGGGAUGCCCACCUGGGGCUGGGGGCCUGUGGGGAGGCCGACGGGCUGGGGGCCCAAGGGGCUGGGGAGGAGGAAGAGGAGGAGGAGGAGGAGGAAGAGGAAGAGGAGGAGGAAGAGGAGGAAGCCCCUGCAGCCCUGCCAGUUUGCCUACCCAAGAGCACAGGUAAAGGUGGGAGGGGUGCGGGUGGCCGGCGCCGGAGGCGCGGGGGUCCUUCAGCUCCCCGAAGGCCCGCGGGAAGUGGAGUGCUGGGGGCUCCUCGGAGCCUGGAGCGGCGGCUGAAGGAGUCCCUGCAAAGCUGGUUUCGGGCCGAGUUCCUCAUGGACUACGACCCCCGUGGCAACCGGUUGGUGUGCAUGGCCUGCGGCCGGGCCUUGCCCAGCCUCCACCUGGAUGACAUCCGGGCCCACGUACUGGAGGCGCACCCUGGCUCUCUGGGGCUCACGGGCCCGCAGCGCAGUGCCCUGCUGCAGGCUUGGAGCGCCCCGGCUGCAGGGUCACCCCACCCUCCACCAGGUGAUGACCUCGGCCCACAAGACCUGACCCGAAAAGCCCAGGCUCCAGCCACAGCCCCCUCCUCCCUGGAGCCGGUUCCCUCGGCCCCUGGGGCCCCGAGAGCGGCAGCUGCUGCAGAGGGGAGUGCGGCGGCCGGAGCUUCGACUGGCCUGCCAAGGGGCCGCGACCAUCGGCGCUACUACCAGGAGCGCUGGCGGCUGGAGUACCUGAUGGAGUAUGACGGCGGUCGCCGGGGCCUGGUGUGCAUGGUGUGCGGGGGCGCGCUGGCCACCCUCAAGAUGAGCACCAUCAAGCGGCACAUUCGCCAGCGGCACCCGGGCUCCACGGGGCUCAGUGGGCCGGUCAAAGCUCUCAUCGCCCAGGAGUGGAGCCGGAAGGCCACGCACCUGCUGGCCCUGGGGCUGCCUUUCCCCGAGCCCCAGGGGGCCCGGGGCGAAAGGGAAGAGGAAGAGGAAGAGCAGGGACAGGGGGGAGAAGAGGAACCUGAGGAAGAAGAGGAGGGGGAGUGGGGUGAUAUUCCCUGUCCCUGGCCUUCCCCCGCAGCUGAUGGUUCGCCCUCCGCAGAAGAAAAUGUCAGUGCCAGGAGGCCCGAGGAGGAGGAGGGGGAAGAAGGGGAGGAAGAAGAGGCCGAGGCCGCGGACCUGCGAACCAGCAGUGCCCCGCCUGCUCCGCCCCCGCCACCCCCUCCACCCCCUCCGCCCCUGCCCCCUCCCCCACCUCCUCCGCGCAGCCGGGAGCAGCGGCGCAACUACCAGCCGCGCUGGCGGGGCGAGUACCUGAUGGACUAUGACGGCCGGCGGCGCGGCCUGGUGUGCAUGGUGUGCGGGGGCGCGCUGGCCACGCUCAAAGUCAGCACCAUCAAGCGCCACAUUCUGCAGGUGCACCCCUUCUCCAUGGACUUCACGGCCGAGGAGCGCAAGACCAUCUUGGAGGCUUACGAGGAGGCGGCCCUGCGCUGCUACGGCCACGAGGGCUUCGGGCAGCCCGCGCCGCCCCCGGGGGGGCCCGAUGGAGAAGUCCAGCCGGGCGCUGUGUGCCGCGCAUAGCGCGGACGGGCCGGGCUCAGUGCUGGGG